AUGGUUGACAAGAGCUCCCUUCGGUCUAUGCGUUGUGCGCAAGAUGCAUCCGACACCAUGCAGUUGCUUGGCCAUCGCCCCAACUCGCGGCUACCAAAGAAGUCCAAGGCAGCCAACAACCCAUUUCAACCUCCUCUCAAGCGAGCACAGGCCAUGCUUGGACGGCGGCUUCAGCAGAGAUGCUUGAGACCGGCAACGUGGUGGGAACCUAUCAUGGGCGUUGAUACACAUGAGAAAUUGAAAGAAGAGAUACAAUACGAGAGAUGCAUUGCCCAGGAAGAAGUUCGACAGGACUGGAUGCGACGCCUGCGACCCAUGCCUCACCGAGCAUGCCAGCGGGUACUGUGA